AUGUCAGCAAUUCAAAUUGCUGUUGAGGGCUGCGGCCAUGGGACCCUAAAUGCGAUCUACGAUUCGAUAGCACGUACCUGCAAGAUCAGUAGAUUACCACUGGUAGACCUCCUCAUCAUCGGCGGGGACUUCCAAGCGGUCCGAAAUCUGCGGGAUCUCAAUGUCAUGUCUUGUCCACCAAAAUACCGCGUUCUAGGGGAUUUCCACGAGUACUACUCAGGUGUCCGCAAGGCUCCAAUGCUUACUGUAUUCGUUGGUGGGAACCAUGAGGCUAGUUCUCACCUCUGGGAAUUGCUAUACGGUGGUUGGGUUGCUCCAAACAUCUACUACCUGGGCGCUGCUUCCGUCAUGAACUUCCGAGGGCUGAGGAUUGGUGGCCUGAGUGGGAUUUACAACGGGCGGGAUUAUGCCCGCCUACGUGACGAGCGGUUACCAUAUUUCCCGAGCGAGAUAAAAAGCAUCUACCACGUUCGGCAGUACGACGUCUUCAAACUUUAUCAGAUCAAUGAGCCUGUAGAUGUUAUGAUUAGCCAUGAUUGGCCAAGUGGAAUCGAACACCAUGGCGAUUUGAAUGAGCUUCUUAGGCGGAAGAGUUUUUUCAGGAGUGAUAUUGAGAAGGGAGAGUUGGGAAGCCCGCCUGCAAGAAGCUUACUGAAUAAAUUGAAACCAAGGUAUUGGUUUUCUGCCCAUCUGCAUGUCAAGUUUGCCGCACUAGUGGAUCAUGGAAAUAAGGUUACCAACUUCUUAGCUCUAGAUAAGUGUCUCCCCCACCGCCAAUUCCUCCAACUCCUCACAAUCCCCGUUACAAAAUCCAAGCCCGGCCUCUCCUAUGAUCCGGAAUGGCUAGCAAUAACCCGCGUUUUAAACCCCUAUCUCCACAAACACCCCUCAGCCCUCAACUCCGACGCCUUUAAGGAAGCUAUCGGCCCGAUGAUUGCCGAAGAGCGGAGGUGGGUAGAAGAAAAUAUUGUUGCAAAAGGAAAGUUGGAUGUCCCCGAGAACUUUCAGAUCACUGCGCCUAUUCAUGAAGGUAGUCUGACUGCCCGGGAGGACCGCUUGCCGGAGAGCUACGUUAAUACCCAGACGACGGCGUUUUGUGAAUUGUUGGAGAUCGAGGAUGGGACUAGGUUUGCGCCGCCAGGGAGUGAAGGAAAGGAGGAGAAGUACAGGAGUUUUGUGGCUAAUGGAGGUGGGAGUUAUCCACGUGGGGGAAGAGGUGGUGGGGGUAGAGGCGGUGGAGGAAGAGGUGGGAGAGGUAUGCGGGGGGGAGGUGGAGGGAGAGGCAGGAGGUGAGAUUGAUGAGAAUCGCUGCUAGGAUGGACUCCUAGGUGAAUGAUGUUGGAUUCUAUAGCUAGCGUGAAAUAGCAUUUGUAAUAAUAGCUAUUUUUGAGGUGAUAUACAUGUUCGGCUGGUCUAUCAUAAUUUACUUAGACCGACCCAAUACCGUAGUGUUUUCUUCC